CGUUUCGAUAAAUCCAAAUCAGGAAGAAAAAAUGAGCGGCUAAUGCUAACUGGUUAGACGUUAAACGUAUCAUAGCAGUUGGAAGCAUACAUUUUGUUUGGAGUUAUUUUAAAAUUCGGAGUUUAUAAAAUUCUCACACCGAGACACAGUAAAUGAGGAGAUGCAGGCCAGCGAACCAGUGGUUGGUGCAUCAGUGGGAGUGUCUGGUGUUCAGAGUCGGUCGGAGGAUGAAGAGUCACUGAGCAUGAAAGACGUGAAAAGGACGGCAGCACAAGCGUUUGGAGGCGGUGUUCCCAAGAGGAGAAGUUCAUCCAGAUCAAUAAAAAGAAAGAAGUUUGAUGACGAGCUGGUGGAGAGCAGUCUGGUCAAGUCGUCCAGCAGAGUCAAAGGGCCUCCUGUCAUUGAACCUAUACGCUGUUUGGGCAGUGAACCUUCAUCCAUUGAAAAGAAAAAGGUGCCCAAGUCAGGAACUGCCCUCACACCACCUCUCACUAUGGUAUUAAACCCUUCACCUCUGCCCAAAAGAGUAAAGAAAAGCAAGCAGCCUUUACACAUGACUAAAGACUUGGGACGCUGGAAACCCACAGAUGACCUUCUGCUAAUAAAUGCUGUGCUACAGACUAGUGAUCUAACUUCUGUUCAUCUGGGGGUCAAGUUCAGCUGUCGCUUUACUUUGCGGGAAAUUAAAGAGAGGUGGUACGCAUUGCUGUAUGACCCUGUCAUCUCAAAGCUCGCAUGGCAGGCCAUGCGGCAGCUUCACCCAGAGGCAAUCGCAGCAAUUCAAAGCAAAGCUCUCUUCAGUCAGAGUGAACAGGCGCUGCUGGCCAAGAUCGGUUCAACCAGUCAGCCCAAAAUGGAAGUUUUCCUGGAGCUUCUGAGCAAACACCCCGGCAUCUUUCACCCAUCUCGCACCCCGAAGAGCCUGAGUGUUCACUGGCAGCUGCUGAAGCAGUAUUACCUGCUAGAUGACCAGAGUGUUCAGCCGCUUCCUAAAGGGGAUCAGGUGCUGAACUUUUCUGAUGCUGAGCAGAUAGUAGAUGACAUAAAAUUAAAGGAUAGUAGAGACGAAGCACUGGAACACGGUAAGAAACCUGGUUGUACAUUUCAGCUAAUCAUUCCACCGGCAGGGAUGAGCAUGCCUGACUUCGACAAUCAGACGUUGGCAGCGCUGCGGGGAAGAAUGGUGCGGUACCUCAUGAGAUCAAGAGAGAUCACGCUGGGGAGAGCAACAAAGGACAAACAGAUAGAUGUAGAUCUGUCACUAGAGGGACCCGCUUGGAAAAUAUCCAGAAAGCAAGGAAUAAUUAAACUGAAGAAUAACGGAGAUUUCUUCAUUGCUAAUGAGGGACGCAGACCCAUCUACAUCGACGGCAGACCGGUCCUGUCAGGAAACAAGUGGAAGCUGAACAACAACUCAGUGGUGGAGAUCGCAGGUCUUCGUUUUGUUUUCCUAAUAAACUUGGAGCUCAUCUCACUGAUAAAAGCUGAAGCGGCUAAGAUGUCACAGCAGUGAAAGGUCGGGUUCUGUCAGCUGACAGACAGUAGCGUCCGCCAGAGCAUCGCCAUGGAGACGAGGACUCCAUAUAACCUUAUUGUGACUCUUGAUGAUUUACAUCCUGGAGCAACAUGUUUAAUGUGGUGUAUGGACAUUUUAUUCUGUUAUGCCGACACUCGUGGUUGAGUCCUGUUGUGUGCAGUUUUGCAGAACAUUGUAUUUAAAUUCUCACACCAAGCUUUUGUUGUUUUUUUUAAUAAUAAACUUGUUUACUCUGUCUUCUUUUGCGUCUUAGGUGUUUUUUUGUUUGUUUUUUUAGUCAGAUAAUGUCUGUCAUACUGAUUUAUGGG